UCCAUAAAUGCCAAACAAAACUGUCCAAAGUUUCGGUUGCACGGUUGUGCUUUGGUGGCUUUGCUUGUAAUUUUUAAUAAGUAAGCAAAAUAAAAUUUGAUAUUUCCCAUUUUCUCCGAGCAUUAAGUGCUUGGUCUUAAGUGAAAGUGAAAACUAAAUAUUUUGAAACACAGCUGAUGGAAUAUUUUAAGGAUAUAACCCCCACGAAAAUAAAAAUUUCAUGAGGUUUACUUCCAUAUAACAAAAAGGAUGAAUGUGUAUACAAUGCCUGGAAUUACAGAAAUGGGAAUGGUGUGGAUGGGUGCUGGUCAAUCAGCUUCAGACAUGUCCAUGGGAUUAAUGGCAACUGAAAAUAGUGAAUUAAUGUUAGAACAAGAAAAUCCAUACUUCACACCAUCUCACAAUAGUGCAUCUAAUCAUUCCUUAGAUGAUAUUCACGGUGUUCAAGAUUCGUCCAUGGCAAUGGAUAAUGUUGACAUUCUUCCCUAUGGAGAAAUGAAACGUGAAAACAGCGAUGGAAGUUACAUGGACGAUGAUAAUUCCCAUACUGUUUACAUGGUGACAACUGCUACUCAAACUAUACUGCCUUGUUCGACCAGGAAAAUCAAACCAGUGAAACAUCCUGGUCUUGUUCUUAAAACACCAAUAGCAUAUCAAAGCAAUACUGAUCCUUCAGUGAUACCUAUUCAAAAGGAUGGAAUUGCCGUUUGUGAAAAAUGUGGUGCCAUCGGCGUGAAACACGCUUUCUAUACAAGGGAACGUCGUUUCUGUAGCAUGGCAUGCGCCCGUGGCUACAGCGGUCUCAUUCCCGAACCUCUACCUCAAACGAACCAAACCACCCCUGACACCAAACACUACGCCGAACAUCGCUUUAAAAUGGAACUCGAAGAGGACUUGACUGGUUUUGUGGCAGACCAGCAACUACCACAACUACCUCCCCCUCCUGCAGCACCUCCUAUUGAUGAUAACGUUUUACUUAGUCGCCGCAAACCUUCCGAACUGGUCAACUCGUACGAUUGGGAGCCCCAUUUAGAUGACGUCAAUUUUUUCGCUGCUCCAGUUACAUGUUUCAAACACGCUCCUAUUUCUGACAUUUGGAGUAAUAUUUUGGUUGGAAUGAAAGUCGAAGUGGAGAACACAGACUGCGACAACGUAUCUGAAGCAUUCCCUGAUUCGUUUUGGGUUGCUACAGUUAUGAAAAUCAUAGGUUAUAAAGCCCUGUUACGAUACGAGGGCUUCGGUAUGAACGAAUCUAAAGAUUUUUGGGUAUCAUUGUGUUCUAACCAAGUGCACCCAGUCGGGUGGUGCGCUACGCGUGGGAAACCCCUCAUACCACCCAAAACAAUCGAGAACAAGUACAGUGACUGGAAAGAGUUCCUCUGCAAAAGACUAACAGGUGCUCGCACGUUGCCUUCAAACUUUAGCAAUAAAAUCAAUGACAGCAUGAAAUCACGUUUUCACCGCGGCCUGAAUCUCGAAGUGGUCGACAAAAAUCGCAUAUCGCAGGUUAAAGUUGCCAUGGUUCACAAGAUAAUCGGAAAACGUCUAAAUGUGAAAUAUUACGAUUUACCACCAGAAGAUGCUGGUUUUUGGUGUCACGAAGACUCGCCCUUAUUGCAUCCUGUAGGUUGGGCUAAAAAAGUGGGUCAUCAUCUUGUCGCGCCCGUCGACUAUUUAGAAAGGGUUAACGAGGGCAUCUUUGACGAAGACGAUGCCACCGAAGACCUGUUUAAUCCUGUGCAAAUUGGGUCUAGAGACAGCUCAUUAACUGCCGGAUUUUGUAUUGGAAUGAAGCUGGAAGCAAUCGAUCCUUUAAAUUUGUCUUCUAUUUGCGUGGCCACGGUCAUGGAUGUAUUACGGUGCGGCUACAUUAUGAUCAGAAUUGACACCUACGAAUCUGAUGCGACCGGUGCCGAUUGGUUCUGUUACCAUGUGUCUUCGCCGUGUAUAUUUCCUAUAGGUUUCUGUCAACGUCACAGCAUUCCCUUGACGCCGCCAAAAGGCUACGACUCUGCAACGUUCAACUGGAAACGUUAUCUGUUGGACACGAGUAAUGUACCAGUGAAUCCAUGCAUGUUUGCUCCGCUCAAAACCAAUCACGGUUUCGUCGAAGGCAUGAAGAUGGAAGCUGCCGAUCUUAUGGAUCCUCGUCUCGUCUGUGUCGCUACCGUGGCCAAAGUAGCUGGUCGACUCCUGAAGGUUCACUUUGAUGGUUGGGAGGACGAGUAUGACCAAUGGCUCGACUGUGAAAGCUCGGACAUUUAUCCGGUUGGCUGGUGCCAUAGUGUCGGCCAUAAGCUCGAGGGACCCAAAGUGGUUCCAAAGCAACCAAAUGCUGUUAUUAGGUCACCAAAAGGCUUGAAAAAACGAGGCAGAAAAAAGAAAGGUAAAGACAGUCCUCCAAAAAAUCAACAGACAAAUAAACUGACCAAGUCUGAGCCUCCUCCUGCUGCUACAAUGAAAAACGAAGUCCUCGAAGAAGAAAUAGAUGAUGAUAACAUCCAAGAGCCGGAAACUGGACAGGAACCUUCCGGACCAGAUCAAAGCAUGCCUGUGCCUUCAGAACUGCAACCGCCACCAGAACGCAAGGCUACGUCUUACAUUAAUACCACUGGCAGUACCAGUCCAAAGGUAAUUCCUCGGUUAAUAGACAGUUCUGGGACCCCAAAUGAAACCAAUGGCCUUUGUCCCGAAGAAUGGAAUGUUUUCGAUGUAGCCCAAUUUUUACGGGUCAAUGAUUGCGCAAACUAUUGUGACAACUUUAGUAAACAGAAAAUUGACGGUAAAAUGCUCCUCAACUUGAACAAGGAAGACAUAAUCGAGUUUACAGGGGGUAAGGUGGGUCCGUCCCUGAAGAUCUACGAUCUCAUUCAGCAACUGAAAAUCAAAGUGAAUCCGGCGCAGCUGCGUCAUAUGAAAGCCAACGUGAAAAAGUUUUUAUAGUGCCUGAUAAGUACAUACAUAUAGAUAUAUAUAAUUAAUUGAUUAUAAAUAUUAAAUAAUGUGGAGAAAAAGGCGCAUCAUGCAUGCUUUGAGGAGUAGUCCGUGCGGACCUUCUUCUAGCUACGUACCUUUGAAGAGACAACAAAGGUAACGCGAUCGGAUUUUAUUUACCGCUAAUAUAAUAAUGAAUAAUACAUUUAGUUAAUUAUUUAUAUAUCUAUAUAAAUAUUGAGUUAUUUUGCUACACGAACUACCACAACAAACAUUACCGCCGUUGCUGGCAUAACGAUGAUAGCUCUCAGUUUAUUUUUGGCCCGAAACGAACGAACGGACAAACAGAAAAUCAAUAAUGUAAAAUUUUGGAUAGUAACUUAUGAUAAUUGAUAAGCAUGAUUAAUAAACGACAUAUUUAAAGGGGCCGUUUAUUAAUGCCGAUAUUUUUAGUGAACGUUUCCACUAUUUAUUUCUAAAUUAAAUGAGAAUUUGUAACGACAAAUUGUUUUCUUUUUGUUUGUUUGGAAGAGACUUUUGUAGAAUCGAAUUUAUUUAUGUGAACAACUGGCUGGUCGAAAUUUCAAUAUAUGUUGUAAUACUUUGAAAAAUCGGACACUUUAUUGCUUACUAUUUUAUACAAUGAAAACUGAAAUACAUUUAAUUAGGGAAAACGCUCUAAAGUGUAAUAUAUUUGUUUUAUUAAUUUAUUGAGACCAGUCAAUUACCGAUACAUUUUUUAAUUCCAAUUUACUUAGGCUCACAUUUGCGAAAUUUGAAUAAAACAAUAAUAAUACUUGAUGAUUUGGUAAAAUAUACGAAUUGACUUUUA